UCUGGGAACCAUUCUUGCAGACACAGUAAAAAAAUGGAUUUAUAUAAAAACUUUAUUCAAAAAUUUAAGUGGUCGUACCACCUGUGAGUCAUUUGUCGUGCAAACUACAGGCUUUUUUAGAGUAUUUCAUCAAGUAACCAAUGACGCAACACUACCAUGUCCCAGCGACCGCGCCACUCGCUCGCUCGCCUGCGGCACUGUCAAUAAACUUUAGCGGCACAAGGUGAGCUAAAUCUAUGGUUUUGUUAUUUUGUUAGGCUCUUUGAAACAAGUUGGUUGGUCACAAACCCUGCGGUACAAAUUUAACUGAUUCCGGGCUUGUUAAAAUAAGCUCUUCCAAGUUUAUAAAUUUUGCAAAUGUUUUGGAGGUCAAAAUUGUAAUUUAUACACCAACUGAGACCGGAGCUCGCGUUAUUGGUGAAAGUGGCGAACACGAGCAAUCAGGCAGCGGCGCGAAACGAACGCGAGCUGGUUCGCUUGGAGGGGUUCGACGUGGCGGAAGAAACUGACAUCAUUGCGCGCCGACGGUGCACGCAUUCAUGUUUCUCGAGUCGAUCGUGAUUAUUCCGAAAAAAAAAACAAUGUUUGUAAAGUGACAGUAACUAACAACUUAUUUAUAAUGUAGAGUUUGUACACAAACAAGUGAUCUCGGUAUUCUGCCAAGGUGCUUAUUUCAGUGUGAUACCCAUAUGGACAAUUAGCUUUGGAUUAUAUGAUUAGUUAAAUAUAAAAUAAUUAUGCUUCAUUGUCGCGGAAGACGAGGCAGAUAGAAUGGCAAGUGAUGGAACGGCGAACAUCGGCGUGGAGCCGACGAGCCUGGAGUAUAUGGAGGACCCUUAUUUUGUGCCACCUGACGAUGACUCCACGCCGAGUUUCGAUGUAGCCGUAGAUGAACUAGAUGAACUGGAGGAGUUACCAAACUGGCCACACAACGACCCUGACGCUGACUGGCGCAUGCUCCCUGACCUUGCUGAUUCUGCUCUGUGCAUUGAAACAGAAUUCUACGUAGAUAAUCGACGUCGUCGUCUUAGAAUAUUUAGAAAAAAAAUGCGAGAAGUACGAGUUACUUUUCAAGAUUUAUCAAAGCCCUAUCUUGCCAAGAUGUCCAGUCAUACAAACUACAAGAAAUUCUUAGGUAUCGCAGUUGGAGCUGAAGAAGCAAUGCCCACAACCGGCGCAGCUGGUGACGCGCACACGCCUGACGAGCUGGCAGGACUGACUCCUGAGCAGGCGGAGCAACUCCGCGCCGAGUGGAGCCGGGAACUCGCUCGCGUCGAAGAUGAGAUCGCUACACUGCGCACCGUUUUGCAAAGCAAGAUCCGCCAAAGCUCCGAAUUAAAACGAAAACUUGGCAUAACCGUGUGGAAAGAAAUUACCGAAGAUGUUAAUCAGGGUUUGAAAAAUGUGAAAGAAAGCCAAGUCUAUCAAACUAUAGAAACACGCGUGGCUGCGCUUACACAGGCUGUGACAGAAGCACCAAUAUACCAAAAAACUGAAUCUGUGAUAAAAUCGACUGCAGAGAAGACAACUUCGAUUAUCGGUGGUAUCACUGCAGGAAUGUCCACAAAGAUUGGUCAGAUGCGAAACUCCGAAUCGUUCCGCUCUAUUGAAGAACGUGUUGGCACGGCGUACGAAAAUGUUAAGGGCAAAGUGUCUUCUCGAUCGAAUUCAACGCAAAGUUUCGACGAAGCGCUGCGCGACGCCAGCCGCACGGCUAGCGGCGCCACGUCGCCCACCAUCCCCGAGAACAAGGCCUUGCCCUAAGCGCGCCGCAGCCGACCCAGCCGACGCAGCCACGCCGCCAACUAACUACACACGUACACUCGUACACUCGUGUCGGGCGCCCACAAUAUCGGCAUCUAUUGGCACUAACAACUUUCGAAUGGGGAUAUUGCAUACAUUAUUUAUUGUGAUGCACCUUGUUUGAUAAAAAGAAUACCCUUUUAUAUGUGCUCUUAGAUAGUAUUUUAAAUUAUGUACUUAUAAAUAAUGUUUAUUGUACGUGUCGGACGGUGAUAACGCAUGUUUAUUAAUAAGGCUAUUGAAUAUUAUCGUUUAAUUGGAUAUUGGUUUGGGAGAGUCGAUUAAAUUAAAACCACGAAAAGUGAUGAAAUUGCAAUUUUGAUUUCGCAAAAAGCAAAACCUAAAUACGUGCAAUGCUAGAUGGUUAGUUAUCUUAAAGAUUGUUUGUGAAUGUGUAUCUCGAAUGCUUUCAUUUCAUGUGCACCUUUGUUGCACUGCGGCGUGGUCGAGUCCUUUAAUCGUUUAUUUUAAGACUGCUGGUUACAUGCUUCAUAUUAUAUUCUUGUCUUGUUCAUUUUGUGUCUUAUGUAAAGCAUUCCAAACGGUUACUGAUUGAUGAUACAAGGUAUUAAAAAACAUUUUGAAAAAGUUUAUUCAAUGCUUAAACUCAGUAUUUCUAUGUAUGAAGGGAAUGAGUCAAUAUAUUCAUAUUAAAAAACAUGUAAACACAAUUUUGUAAAUCCUUAUUACAUGUAAUGAUUGUAAGACACAAUAACUUGCCGAUGCCUGUUAGGUCCAUUAUUACUAUAAAAAUGAUAUUUUUGUAAGAUGCUUAGCUUUCCUUACUUAUGAAAAAUCAACUAUUUACAAUGCCUCUAAAGACGGUAAAUAAAAUUUAUGUAUUGAAAUGUUUCUUUUUAUUCAUAGAUCCUUUUCUUGACCUUUAGUAUUGUAAUGUAAAUUACAAUAUUAUAGUAAGAAUUCAAGUGGGUCCAAUCUUCAGUCAAGGCCAUUCCUACCCUGUCCAUCAAUAAGUAAAUAUCUUAGGGGUUGCAAAACUACGGGAGACUUCGAAACUCUGUUAUUUUUGCUAAGACCAAGUUUAUGAGGUAUUUUUGUUAAUAAUAGACGAAAGAUCAUGUAUUCCUUCCUGACAAGAAAGUGUAAGUGCAUUUAUCAAAUCUCAAACUUAACGAAUAUUUAAUCAUUUCCGAGAAUAAGAGUGAAUAGAUAGUUUGUUUAAAAUCUUAAAUUAUCUCAAAAUUCUUUCAUGAACCUGCCGUAAAGUUGUAUUUGCUAUUGAGACGGACAAAUAUUAAAACUGAAAUAAAAAGCAUUUUAAGGGUAGAGAACAUUUAAUUACACAAUAGUAAAUAUAACGCAAAUUGAGCGCUACUUCACAAAUAUUACAUACAUUCCGACGUACCAUAACUCGUGUUUACCCUGCACGAAGAAAUUUGAAUCUAUUUAUCAUCUAUGAAAAAAUGGAAACCCUACUUGAAGACAUCAUGAUAAAAAUGUGUCAUUGGAGUCAUAUUAUGUGAGUACGAAGCAUAGUCUGUUUAUAAAAUAAUUAACAACUAAUGUUUUCCAAACAAACACAAGCAAUGGAUUAUAACCUAAGAAUUGUAGCUACCCACAUAACUGUAAACCUGACAAGCAAAUUAGGGUACCAACUAACUCGAGAUCCGAGAUGGUAAGCCUAGUGAUGGCAUUAGUUAAAUAUUAUUAGAAUUCGAUAGAACAUCAGCUUGUACAAAAUUGUUAUUUAAACAUUACCAAGCUUACAUUUACUUGUGUAGCUACACUAAAGUAUAUAGCGAAGCAACUUAUAUUUUAAAAUAAUGAAGGACAAACAAAGCAGUUAUUGCAUUAAAUCACUUUGUUCAUACUUCGACUACAAUAAUAAUAAAAAACAAACAUAUAAUUGAAAUUUAAUAAUAUACAAAAUAUAGUGAAUAUAAUAAUAUUGAAAGUGCGGGGAUGACAUCGGACAUAAUACAGUAAACUGGCUACAUUGCUCACAUACAGCUAGGUUAUUAGCGAUAUUAUAAUUAUCUACUCUAAGUAAUAUAAUUACUUAAAUUGAUGUUGGGCGAAUUUUGCGAUCUGCGUGGUAGCGUACCGAUAGAUUCUACCGCGCUUUAAUCUAAAGCUUAUAAAUAGGUAAUAAACAUAUUCUUAUAAAAUUUGACUGUUUUUAAUUUGUGCUCAAGAUUUAAGACGCAGACGAAAAUCCGACGCCAGGCACACGGACUUACUAAGUAAAUUCAGUUGUUGAUAUAGAGGAUACCGACUCCUGUACCACUGCUUCUAUGUAUUAUAAAAACUAGUUGUAUGUUGAUCCUGUAAAUAUGUAUAUUUACUAUCUUAAUCGAUUACACUAAGCAAUUACUAAUUAUUUUCUCCUUUUUUUAAAGCAAUAGAGCUUACUCGCUAAGACUAAACUACUAUACCUGUGAAACGAUCAACAAUAAUAGAUAAUUUGGAGUACAGUUAAUACCUGGCAUCAGUUACAAUGUUUGAGUACUUAGUUACUUGUUAUUGCUUAAUGAUUGGUUGCAUAUUAUGGCAACAUACAUAUUUGGUUCUAUUUAAGUUAUGUAAAUAUUAAAUUCGUACCGCUUUUUAUUAUGUAUUAAACCCACGCAAAAAUAUUAUCCUAAGUCAACCAAAAACUAAUUUUUAAGAGUUUAAAAUGCUAUGAAUAAAAACAAAUAUUUGUAGUAAAGACAGCUUAGUAAACCAAUACAAAUUUAUAUUUUUCAUUUAUUUUUGGAAACAGAUCGAAUCUAAUAUUACAUAACUAACAAUAGGACCAUUAACAUACCUUACAAAUUACAGAAUCAUUAUCCCUUGUUUAUAAGUUUAGUAUAGCUUAUUACAAAAUAAAUCUUAUAUUUAAUUUAAUCGCAUCCUAUUUUAGUUAAUUAGUAAUGUGCAUUGUAAAAUUCUAGACACACAUGCCACGUAUUCAGGCAUAAAGUAACAAGAAUAGAACAAAUAUGACAACUAUAAAAUAAAGCUUCUUAUGACAUAAGUGAACUGUCUUAGUGUUACGUUAUGGACUCUAGUUUCCUCUUUUAAUAUUAUAAAUAGUUAUUUGAUCACACACUGAUGCAAACCAGUGCUUAAAGGCAACAUAUAAGUUCUUUUAGAUAUCAUAGACUUCUAGAGGCCAUAGAACAAACAAAACUUAAGCCUUAUUGUAAAACAUAUAAAUAUUCCAGCAACCAAUAAAUGUUUAUUAACAACUGAGCUCUACGGGUCAAAGUAGCUGUAUUUCUUUGGAUUUCAAUUUAGAAAAUUAAAUGUAAACUUUUAUUUGAUCUAAUAUUUUAUCACUUAACAUGGAUUUCCGACUUCCAGCAUAUUGUUAUUUGUGUAAACUAAUCACUAAUCAUAAAAUACUUAAUAAUUUUAUUAUACAAAAUAUAUAUGUGUGUAUAUCGAAUAACAUUUAUUAAACAAAUUAAAUAAAGCAUUUAAAUAACUAAUUUAUUAAUAAAGCCGGCCUUGAUUUUAUAACCUAGAGACACAUUUCGAGAGAACAAAUUACAUUCACUUGACAUCAUAAUAUGAUACUUGAUUCCAUAUUAAUAAUAGGGAUAAUGACUAAUGCCUAUAUUUGUCCGGAACACGUAUUAUUCUGUUUUCACGUUGUCAAUAAAUUGUGAGAGAUAAAUUCAGUCGAAUUACAUGACGUCACGUCUCUGUAUAUUAUAUACUAAGCUGUAACGUGCCGACUGCCAACCAAUACUUUAUUAAUUACAGUGGUUUUGGACGUGUUCUUUUGUUCCAAAUCAAAGAUUUUGUUUUUUCAUAUCGUCAAUAUCCCCAUUAAAAACAACUCUACAAAUACACACAUAUUUACUUACAUUAAUAUUUUUUAUGAUUGGUGUUAUUAGGUAAUGUUACAUAGUAUGUCUUUUCUGACAUUGGUCUCUAUAAUCUUACCAAAGUUAUUUGGUUCAAAGUUUGAUAAUAAUUAUGGUAUUAAAUAUUGCCGCAUAGAAAACCGCAUUUCAUAUAAUGUUUGUAUGAUUGUAUAAGUAUAACGUGUAUUAUAAAAUAGUUGUCGCCCUACUAAAUUUACUUUCCACUCGUUAAGCGUAUUAGUUUCUUGUGACUACAAACGGCGCUAUAUAACAAAACAAUUCAUUUCAUAUAUAUAUACUUAUAUUGGUUGUAUACAUAGUUAUAUCAAUAAAAAAAUACGAGAGAUAUAACAGGGUCUUUAGCCAAACGCCACUUUAGCGCUUGUCUACAGAGAGAGUAGAAAUCAAAAUGUAUGGGGAUGACACUGACAAGUGUUAAAAUUUUACGUCGAUUCCAUAUAAUUUGGUUUUCUACUCUACAUGUAGACAAGCGCUAAAUGGCAUUUGGCUACAACUGCAGAUUAGAAGCUAGCCGGGCGGAUGUAUGGCAGUAGCUAACUCGUCCGAGGGUCAAUUCAAUAUACUAUAAGAUUGUUUGUGACCUAUUGCUACAUAAUAUAUGAAACGAUCUGCUUUGGUAUAGUAUGUUCCUGUUCCUCUCUGAGAAAUUUUAUUGUUAUUAAAUCAAAUGAAAUAUGCUUUAGAGAUCUCAUAGAUACAUGCAAACAUUUUUAUUAACAAAACUAUUGUAAUAUUUUUGGCUUUUAAAACAUAGCCCCAUCUUCUGAAACAUAUUACAAAUCUGUCUUAAAUAAAUAAUAGUGAUACAUAGAUAACAUACAUAUGUAAAGUAUUAAUUAAAAGUAAUGCACUUUCAUAUACGAAAGAUUUAAAUCUUUUUGUUUUUUCUCUUUCCUAUUUUUUAUGUAUGGACAUAUUAAUCCUAAAUGAAAUGAAAUUUUUAUACAAAUCAACACUAGCAAAGUGUUGGUUAACACAUAAAAAAAAAAGAUAUUGAAAAGAAUUUCCGCAAAUAAAUAUUGCUUGGAAAUGAUGAUUUGAACAAGAACACAUAAAACACGGUGUACACAUAAUACUAUUGUUUACUAAGCUCUGGCCCCAUGCCGUCACACAGAUUUGCUGGGCUAGUCUUUGGAGAGAAUGAAUUUAACUUUGGAAGUUAUGUAUUACAAUCCUUCUACAAAGUCUCAAAAAGGCCUUUGGCAUUCCCACGACUUUUAUGUCCACUUAAAUAAAAUAUUAAUCGACUAGUUUAAGUAAUGAGUAGAAAAGCGAUAGUGAACACAUUGUUAUAGUACUGAAAAAAUGUAAGUACUUCGAAAGAACCGAAAUGAAAAAAAAAAACAUUUAAUUUAAUUGAUUUGUGCACAGCCCUUGGUUGGACGACUAAAGCUGACAUAAAUCUGGAUUGAAGCUGAUAAUUGCAUGAAAAACAUCAAAAUUAGCCGAAAUUCUACCAACCAAUCAACUUCGUAUAAAUACCAACAUAACGAAAUACGAAAAUAGAAAAAAGAUUAAUAGGAAAUUACUUCAACUCUAAUUUUUAGAAAAUCUGGUAAGUAUUAUAUGUAAGUUUGAAUAUAUCUUCAAAAUAUUCACAACAAAAAGAGAUACAAGAAUUAAGUAGGUAAAACUUUAACUAAAUGAUGUAAAAGUGCCAAAGAAUCGUAAAGGGUACCUACAAUAAUUAAGAAUUAUGACGCAAAAUCGUAGCCGCCCAAAUUUAUAAUCAUCAAACAUAAUGUAUAAAGAUUGCGCAGAUGGAGCUCCUUCAUACAAAAUAUGAAUCAUGACAAAUGUUCGCACAAUGUACGCGGUCUUUAUUAGUUUGGGAAUCGCGCGUAUAGACAUUUUGCUACCAAAAACCACUUACAUACGACAACUUAACUAAAGUUUAAAGCACGUUGUAUACAAUUUAAGAUGAAAUGUUACCCAAAAGCUGCGCUAGUCAUUUGCGCAUGAAAGCAUCAAUACUUUUUUAAAUCAAAGACGUAAUUUGGAUGGAUCUUUAGAAAAUAUAUCCGAGCUGCAAACCUAUUUUAAUAAAACAUUUUCCACAAGAACUUCACGUAAAAUAUACACAAAUGAGAAAGCUAUCUAUUUGAAAUAAAGGCGUCAACUGUGUGUGUGCUGGUUACAUAAUACCUACUUAAUAAACUACAACCGAUGUGACAUUUCUUGAAAUGCUCAAUAAUAUUAUAACAGCACUUCUUUAAAGGAUGACUUUUCUAAUUGUUAUUUAGACUGCAGUUAAGCCUAUGUAAGCUUAUUACAUAAAACAAAAUUAAAAACUAAACUCGUUUAUUGUCAACACUACCCCAUUUUUAUCUGUUUGAUUGUGUAGCUGGUAUCGAAUAUUCGUCAUUUUAUUUUCACCUUAUAAUAGUCUUGAAACUUGAAAUGAGAGCAUUCUGAACGCCACGUAAAAAGGGGCAGAGUUAGUAAAAAGAAAAGAUAGUUCAAUAAACAAUAAAGUUUAUUCUUAUAAAACUUUAAGCGACUGGGUGUUUAACUUUGAAAAUUAUAUCAUAAUAAUCAUUACAAUUGCGACAAAUAAUGUUUAUCAACUACAAGAGGGCUGAUUCUCACUAUAAAGAGCUUAUCGUACAUGAUAUGAUGCGACAGAUAGAAUUUAAAAGAAACACCAUCAUAAUAAGACAGAAGAUGUAUAUUAAAAACCUAUUACCCAAGUUUCCUACUUGCAUCACUUGCAUGAUCACUAUGCAUUAUUUUCGAUUUUAUAUUGUUAAUGUAUAACAACGAUCCUGAACAUAUUCGUAUUAAUGUAUCACACCUAGCAUCACAACGUCAUUUAAUAUAAAAUACAUUUAUAUCCGAUAUUUUUAGCAGCUUGUCCACUUAAAAGAUAACCGGGCGAUUAUUUACUUUGACACAACUUAUUUCCACGAAAAAGCAAUCUGAGUGUACUAUAUUAAUAAUAUUAUGUUAGAAUUGAAUUAAUGAACAUGAAUUCAUAUGAAAUCAUUAAAUUCGCUGUAUAUAGAAUAUGGCAUUUCAUGCGAUAUAGUGUGUCUAUGUAACUAUUUCGUACAAAUAAGUAAAGUAAAUAAGAGUCCGAUUAUCCGUGAGAAUUACGAACUACACAAAUUGCAUGUAAAUGCGUCUAUUGAGACAAAAUAACACUGACAUACGACCAAUUGAAACACCAAAAGCAUAAUUUAUGAUAAAAAAGAUGUUUAUUAACUUUCACACUAAUUACAAAUAAAAACAUUGUCACCAACCCUUAAAGUCAGGACAUACAUUCUUCCCAACUUUUAGUUGAUUAAACUUAAAGCUAAAAUACAAUAUAAAAGAACUCUUACUUUAAAAAAUAAACUUAAAAAUGUAAAAUAAAAAUAUCAUUCUUUACACUGAUAGUAAGAUUGGUUGUCUGUUUAUAAUAAUUUGUUUUAUAUACAUAGUGUAUGUGUUUGUGUGAAAUUCAUUGAAUUAAUGUGCAUAAAUUAUAAACGAAGCAUUGAAAAUAAAAUAGGUACUUAUAUACUGAACUCAUAAUAUAUUCAAAUGAAUGAUAAUGUAAAUAAUUGAAAAAUAAAUACAUAUUAUUAUAUCCUUAGUACACCUAAUGAGGACUAUUUGGCGUUACUGCUUAAUACUACUAACUGAUUAAUGUUGCAUCAUCAUGUAAAGACUACAGAUUAAUGAAAAACAGUGGAUACUUAUUUGUGUGAUACCACAAUAAUUUAGAUCAUUACAAAAUAGGAAUCUACUAUUUAAAUUCACUAUCAAAAUCUUCGCAAAGCAAAUAAUCCUCUAUCAAGUGUUCCUAUUUCGUUACACUUCAGUGUUGCUUUGUAUGAUGUUCACUUCUUUAUUAAGCUACGCUUGAAAUUAACCAGCUAUGUUUACGAGAAAAACCUUUUUUGUGAAUGUAUUUUACUGUAGACCUAUUUAUAAAUUUCAUAAAAUAUAUUUAUUUGAAUGUCUGUCUAUAACUGUCACUAACUUUUUUAGUUUCAUAUAAGGAUAAAAUAUCCACUUAUUAAAUUAAUCGCACUUCUUUGUUUUAUUUAGAAAGCUUAAGUUGAAUUCUACAAAUGCUUCUUAGAAGAUAGUAAAUAGCCCAGUCAACGGAUGGCCAAUUAGGAAACACUACGCAUUACACGCAUGAGGUAAUAUUUAUUGCUCUCCUCCGAUUAUUAUUAUACUUAUACAUCAAAUAAUUGUCAACGAUUUAUUUCGAUUGUUCCAUCACUAUCAAAACUUCAUAGAAUUGAAACGUCUUUUAUAUUGGGACAGCUAUCUUCGUAAAAGCUAAACAACAUUUAUAAAAUUAGACUAUAUGAAACGCGAGUGGGGCCAUUCAGAACCUGGUAGAAACGGUUGGCGUUAUAUACAAGAACAAACCAGAAAAUAGGCGGAGUUCUAUCUCAAAACAUGAAGACCUCACAGGGUCACUCCCAGCUUCGGGAAAUUGCUGCACGAACCGGAGAAGGGAAUGACAACGACAAUCGAACGCGUUUACAUACGAGAUCUUCGUGCGGAGAUAAUAUUUUAAAGUAUAGAGAAGCCCCAGAAAUUUCGCACGCUCGACUAACAUUACCUGGUAGGUGCGGCGUGCGGUUAGGCGAAGUACAUGACCUUCUUGGUGACGGCGUGCACGGUGAUGGCGCGCGCCAUGGCGAUGGGCGUGCGGUCCUCGCUGCAGGCCGACUGGUGGCUGCCCUCGCCCGAGUCGUGCUCCUUCUCCACCAGGUGGUAGCGCGCGCGGAAGGCCACGAGGUGCGCGUAGUACGCGGGCGCCGGGAUCGACACCGAGCGCGUGCAGCGCACGUACGUGUGGCACAGCUGGUACGUCAGGCACUGCAGCUCGUCCGACCCGAAGUGGUUGUCGUCCCACAGCACGUGGUAGUGCGACGGACGCGACGUGCCC